AACAACCACGGAUCAUCUAAAAAAUCUCUUGUAACUUCAAGAUCCAUCAUUCCAAUGGCUUCCUCAGCCAAAUCCCAAACCCAAAUCCAUGCCGGCGAUGAUCAAGAACAUUCCUCAUAUGCCAUGCAGCUUGUUAUGUCAUCGGUUAUGUCCAUGGCUCUUCAUACAGUUACACAGCUGGGCGUUUUUGACAUCAUAGCAGACGCUGGUGAAGAUGCCAAGCUCUCAGCACAAGAGAUUGCUUCCCGGUUGGCCACUCACAACCCGGAUGCGCCCAUGAUGCUGGACCGCAUCCUCAUGCUCCUAGCCACCCACAGUGUGGUCACUUGCUCUGUUGAUAUUGAUAAUCAUGGUGAUCCCCACAGGCUGUAUGGUUUAGCACCUGUUUCCAAGUAUUUCAUCCGGAAUGAAAAUGGCGUUUCUUUAGGUCCCUUGAUGACUUUGGUUCAGGACAAGGUCUUCUUGGACAGUUGGUCCCAAUUGAAGGAUGCAAUUCUUGAAGGAGGAGUUCCAUUUGACCGGUUCCAUGGAACUCAUGCUUUUGAAUACCCAGCUAAGGAUUCUAGAUUCAAUGAAGUUUUUAAUAAAGCAAUGAUGAAUCAUACCACCAUGGUUAUCAAGGAGAUCCUUAAGUCAUACAAGGGUUUUGAGCAUCUCAAACGGCUGGUUGAUGUUGGCGGAGGACUAGGAGUCACCCUUGGCUUCAUCACUGCCAAAUAUCCUUCCAUCAAAGGAAUCAAUUUUGACUUGCCUCAUGUUGUUCAGCAUGCUCCACCAUGCCCUGGGGUUGAACAUGUAGGAGGAGAUAUGUUCCAAAGUGUUCCCAAGGGAGAUGCUAUUUUCAUGAAGUGGAUACUUCAUGACUGGAGUGAUGAUCACUGUGUCAAGGUGUUGAAGAAUUGUUACGAUGCUGUACCUGAUGAUGGAAAAGUGAUUGUUGUGGAAUCAGUUGUUCCGGUCUUGCCCGAGACAAAUGCUGCUUCAAAGGCCAUUUCUCAGAUUGACGUGCAGAUGAUGACUCAAAACCCAGGUGGGAAGGAAAGGACCCAGCAAGAAUUCACGAAAUUGGCAACUAAAGCUGGAUUCAGUUGCAUCAAAUAUGAGUGUUUUGUAUUUAACUUCUGGGUCAUGGAGUUUUGUAAGUGAUUCAUCCACCAAAUUUUAAUAAUCACUGACGCCUGCGAUGUGUUCGAUCUUUUUCGCCUCUAGAAAUUUCUGGCGUGUAUUCUUGUAGAGUUGUUUCUUGGAUGGACUCAUUUAAUGCUCACAUCACAUGCCAAAUGACUAAGCAAUUUAAUAGAAUAUAUUUUUUUUU